UGAGCAGGGUGAACAAAAGGCUGUUUCAGCACCCAAGUGGACUGGUGGCAGGCAAGGAAAACAGCCACGAUCUUUAAGAAUGCUGUGGAACAAGGUCAGGAAAAAAGUAAUCUCUUGUCCAAUCAGCAGGCAGCAGGUUGCUCCUUAUUUAGACUGUUUUACUGUUUUCCGUUCUCACUCAGGAAAAGGUUGAGUUAUUCACAGGAAUGUGUGCCUGACCCCACCCAGCACAAAUAAAUGGUGGUGAGAAUUCAGGGAACGCUGCCGUACCCCUGUGCAUGGCUAGACCUUGGGUUAGCCCACUUUGUGCCUUUGAGUGCAGGCUGAUGAGCUGCAGGGUAUUUCUCAUAUGGACCAGGAUGUGAAAGGCUUCUUUUCCCUGGGCACUCUGUAACCACAGCCCCUAUGUGCUACACGCUCCUGGUAGGAAGUGACUUGUCUGAUUUCUCUUUUGUGCUGGAGUAUCCGGAUGUCUGCACGCUUUGUCCGUGGGGACGGGCACACUGCCACAGUGUCUGACGAGGUGAGCAGUUACCAAGCCGCACGUGGAUUUACAUCCAAACUGACCUGAAGUGUUUUAAAACAAGGUCUUUCAAAGAUCACAGCACAGUGUAGAGCCCAAGGCCAGUCCUCACUGACAGCAUUUGUAAACUGAAGCCUUUGGAAGUCCUACAAAGUGCAUUCCUCCGGCCUAGGAUGGGUUCGGAUGAUGUUUCUCAUCGUGGGUUUGAUUUUAUUCUGCAUUGUUCAAGAGCCUAGAACCCAAAUUCCUAGGGCUAAAUUUGUCUCUUUUAAUAGAGAUAUAUGAUAUCGCACUAGGUUAUCAUCCUCCUCUUGCUGCAGAGUAUUGCCCAAGUUAGUGGAGUCUUUCUGUCUACUCUAGGACAUAAGCCAGAGAUGCCACCUCCAGGUUUUUAUUCCUCUGGUUAUUUCCUACUCUUCUCGAGGGGGUGAAGCAGAACAAGUAGUGCCUUCAUUGAAUCCAAAGCACCGCUACAAGGAGCUGGGAAUCAAAGCUGUCUUAUUGGAUGUUCUUCUGAGCAAACAAACUCUCCCAUCUUUUACCAGCUCAUUGAGCUGCCCGUAGAAAAUGUUUGUCGAGGCCGUGGCAGGCUGUAAGUGUUCAAGGGCUGGACAUGUCCUGUGGGUGUGGGGGAUUCUUACGUGAACAAGCAGCAGAAACCUGAGCAGAAAGGGGAGGAGGCAAGGAGAGUGGAAACGAAAAGACUUCACACUUGAGAGAGUGCCAAGGGCAAAACUGGACUGUAGGAAACGUUUCCGCGCGAGUACGGCGUGGAUUCUUUUUUGUUUCUCGUUAAAUUGACCGUGUGCUGCUGCCCGUGGCAGUGCCGGCAGGCCUGGGAGCCCAUCCCAUCCCUGUGCUGGCAGCAGAGUGCAUUAGGAGGGAACUGGGGGGUUAGGGAGGACUCCUCUGACUGGAGGAAGCAGCGCGGUGCCAGUCUGGGCUGGUCUCUGCGAUUACGUCCCCGCGGGUGUGUCAGUUAAAACCCCGCAGGGAGUGGCGCAGCACUGACACAUGCGAGCCUAGCGGAGCCCGAGCGGCCACGGCGUCAGCUGAGGAGCGAUGGCAUCGGCGUCUCCCACUGCGGCCACCUCGCAGCCCAGCCUGCCCUCCGGACCCGUCGUCUUUAAAACCAUUCCCUACGCCUUCAUCCUGCCGGAGAUAAUCUGCGGGGCCUGGGUUUGGAUCCUCGUUGCUGCUACCUCAGUCUCCUCCCCGCUGCUGCAGGGAUGGGUUAUGUACGUGUCCCUUACCUCCUGCCUCAUCUCCCUGUUGCUCCUCAUAAGUUACCUCUUCGGCUUUCACAGAAACAGCAACAACUGGAAAGUGCUGGAUAGUUUGUACCACGGUGCCACAGCCAUCCUGUACAUGAGCGCUGCUGUCUUGCAAGCCAAUGCGACAAUCAACUCCGAGUUCGGCCCCAACUCACCAGUCCACUACCAGCUCAACUGCGCGGCAUCGUUCUUUGCCUUCAUCACGACCUUCCUGUAUAUCCUUCAUGCCUUCAGCAACUACUACCAGUGAGCCUGGUGGAGAUGGCACCAGCUUCACGUCUUCAGGAUGAGGCCGCUCCUAGAGCGAAGGCAGCAGUGGGCUUCCGAAGGUGUCCCGGCACCUCCACCGACCCCGGCAAGACGCGGCUGUUUUUGCAGUUCAUUGAAGGAGGGUUUUUUGUACA